CUCUCCAGUUAUAAAUAAUGGUAUAACUCAGCUUACACUCCCCACAUCAACCAAACCCUUGUUCUUGUUUUGAGCACCAACUCCUCAUCUCUUCUACAUUUGUGCAUUGCAUCAUGGAAUUCAACUUCCUCCACGUUUUAGCAUUUCUUUCUGUGGUAAUAGUAGCAACCCAUGCAGCACUGCCAUCAGAGGAUUACUGGAAGUCCGUGUUGCCAAACUCUCCAAUGCCUAAAGCUGUAAAAGAUGUGUUGCACCCAGCACCUCACUGGCUGGAUGACAAAAGCACCACCGUUGGGGUAAGCAAGGGCGGAGUGCGCGUUAACACCGGGAGGGGCAAGCCUGGAGGCACUGGUGUGUACGUCGGCCGUGGUGGCGUCGGAGUCCACACUGGCAAACCCGGCAGCCGGACCAAUGUAGGCAUUGGGAAAGGUGGAGUGAGCGUUGGAACCGGCACCAGAAAGGGUAAACCCGUUUACGUUCGGGUGAAGCCAGGUCCAGAUCCCUUCAACUACCUGUAUGCUGCUACCGAAACUCAGAUGCAUGACAACCCAAACGUGGCCCUUUUCUUCUUAGAGAAAGACUUGCACAUAGGCAAGCGGAUGAGCUUGCGUUUCUCCAAGAGCACAAAUGAGGCCACAUUUUUGCCCCGCCAAGUUGCUGAUUCGAUACCCUUCUCCUCGAAUAAGCUGCCAGAGAUUCUGGACAAGUUCUCAGUGAACCCUGGUUCAGAUGAAGCAGAGGCGAUCAAGAAAACCAUUAAAGAAUGCGAGGAGAAAGGCAUAAAAGGAGAAGAGAAAUUUUGUGCAACUUCUUUAGAGUCCAUGGUUGAUUUCAGCACCUCCAAGCUAGGUAAAGAUGUGGAAGCAAUAUCAACCAAUGCAGAAACUGGACAGAAGAAAGAGUACCAUAUUGUUGAAGUGAACAGAAGGCCGAGUACGAAAGCAGCGGUGGUCUGCCACAGGCAAGAGUAUGCAUAUGCAGUGUUCUACUGUCAUGAGACGGACACAACGGUUGCUUACAAGGUUGAAAUGGUGGCAGCCGAUGGGUCGAAGGCGGAGGCUGUGGCGGUGUGCCACCGGGACACGGCUGCAUGGAACCCCAAGCACUUGGCUUUUCAGGUGCUCAAGGUGAAGCCAGGGACUGUGCCAGUCUGCCAUUUUCUACCUGAGGAUCACAUUGUUUGGAUUCCUAGGUACUAGAAAAUGAGUUGCUGUUUGCAUGAUAUAUAUACCUGUGAUUUCGAUAUAUGUUAGCAUUCUGGAUGCUUGGAUAUCUACUUAUAUAUGUAUCUAUGUGAUGGAUAUGUAUAAAUGAAUUAAAGGAUGAUCUUGUUUUUGUGGAUCA